AUGUACACAAACAUCUCAGGCGAGAAGGCGGUAGGCGCUUUGCUGGAGAUUUUGGAGCGAGAAGAGGACAUUCUGGAGGCAGAACGGAUACGGAAAGAAUCGUUGACACGACUGAUCAACCUGACAGUAAGGACGACGUACUUUACAAUUAACGGCAGUAUCUACGAGCAAAUAUUCGGACUACCGAUGGGAGCUCCACUCUCACCUCUUUUAACAAAUGUGUACAUGGACAAGUUGGAAAGGGAAUUCUAG